AGUCUUGGGAACACCCUUCACUUUCUUGCUUAAAGCCCAUCAAGAAAGUAGUGGCUCAUGCACACAGAAAAUGAGGAGGAACUCGGGCCUCCUGAAAGUAUCCAUGCAAUGCAGUUACUAUUCAAAACUCUUGAGGCAUCUGAAACGCCUCAGAUAGAACAACCUGACAAGACCAAAGAGAAUGAAUCCCUACGACGAAAUGAACAUCAUGCCCUAUGGGACAUCACUCAUGGGAAGGUGAAUAAAUACUCCUUUGGAACACGUCAAGCGAGGAAACUCUUUCCUCACUACCAUCCCCCAACCUGGCUGGGGAACACUUAUCUCCCUCUUAGGGGACUGCCCCACACAGGCCCUGGGUGUUAUGCAGCAACAGAUUGGAAUGGUUUAGCAUAUAACCUAUCAAAAGUCCCAACCAGUACAAAAGGCUAUGCUAUUGGAGCCAGGACAUCUGUGAGGUUUAAGCCAAUCAACAAGGAUGUGACACCAUACCCGGGAAUGUAUCAGAAAGUUGAUAUUUCAAGUGAAAAACACAAAAAAUGCUUUGCUCCUUUUAACAUCUUGAUGCCUCGAUUUAAGAGCGAUGUAAAGGGCGAUUCUUACCCUGGCCCUGGGACAUACAAUCCUAAGAACAAUUCAGUCCCAAAAGUUAGUUGGCCAAUGAAAUUUGGAUCUCCAGACUGGUCUCAGGUCCCAUGUCUAGAGAAAAGGACUCUGAAAGCUGAGCUGUCCACAGACAAGGACUUUAGAAAGCAUCGGAACCGUGUGGCCUACUUUAGCCUGUAUUACAAAUGAGAAGUAGGCACUGUCUUCAUGUGUUCUUGACCACAGAGUCUCCAGAAUUGAGGACAUAGCUGCUCUUGUAUUUCUGUGUUCCUGGGCCCUCUUGUCUGCCUAUUUGGUGUCCAGGAAGGGACAAGGGUCUCAUAGUCACGUCGCCCUCCAAAUAAAUAAAGGCUGGUCCAGAA